GUAAAAACAACGUCACUACGCAAGGGGUGGCGACGUGGAAAACAUGGAGGAAAGGGGUAUGUAGUGUAAACUUAACAGCCUCAAAUUUCGCACAAUUUCAAGUAUUUGGCUUUGUAAAUUACGCUAUAUGAACAAAGUGGACAAAGCUGCAGAUAGAUGUGAAAAAAAAGCAGUCGCCCCUUAACGGUCCUGAGAGACGAGAGAGCUACGGAAACUGCGCGAAGCGUUUGUGACAGAAUUUGGCAUAUGCCUGGUGAAAAAGCCCAGAAGAGUCGUGAGUCUGGCUGAGUGGAGCCAGUAGAGAUGGGAGCCAACACCAGCCAGGUCAGUGACCUGUCUGACAACCCAAGCCUCAAGGCCCUGGUGGGCACAGAGUCCAUAUCAGAGAAUGACCCGUUCUGGAACCAGCUCAUCUCCUUCACCUUCAUCAGUCCCACCUGCAGUGGAGACUCUAGGUUGCUGGAAGAGGCUGUCAUCCCCCUGGCCAAGAUCCUUAUUGAAAACAAUCCCAGAACGGGUAACUUCGGCGCUCUUGUGAGAAUUUUCCUGGGAAGAACCAAAGAGCUGAAAAUCUCCACAGAAUGCCAAGAUCAGCUGUUCAUCUGGCAGGCCCACAACGCACUGUUCAUGAUUCGUUGCCUGCUCAAGGUGUUCAUCAGGGAGAUGAGUGAAGAGGAGCUGCACCUACAGUUCUUCUACCAGGAGAGGGCACCAGGCUCCUGUGGAGAAACAGGUAGAGAGGACCUCCUUGAGGAGCUGUUGUCCAACCUCGUUCACCUGAUCGUUGAAGUGCCCCUGCUUGACAUCACCUAUAGCAUCCUGUUUGAAGCAGUGACCACGCUGCUGGCAUUCUUCUCAUAUCAGCUCUUCCACAAAGACAUCCUCCGAGAUGGAAUAAUCUACCAGCACAUCAUGAAGGGGAGAUGUUUGUGUUUAACCAGUCGACUGGUGAAGACCCUGCUCUAUAACUUCAUCAGGCAGGAGAAGUGUCCACCUCCAGCAACCCACAUCUUUGAGCCGAAAGCUGAGGGUGGCCUGCUUUACGGCCUGGCGUCAGGGGUGGCAAGUGGGCUGUGGAAUGUCUUCACAUUGGGUGGAGCUGGCAGCAAAGCAGGGAUAGACCAGGAACACAACCCCUUACCUUUGUCUAAUCAGAGCCUUCUGUUACUGCUGGUGCUAGCAAAUCUGACAGACGGGCCCGACUGGCCCAACCCUUACCGACAGGCUAUUACUUGUUUCAGAAACACACAAGACACAUCGUCGCUGUCCGUGGAGCAACCUCACACUUUCCAGAUCAAUUUCAACAGUCUAUACACAGCGCUGUGUGAGCAGCAGUGCUCUGACCAGGCAACACUACUGUUGUACACCCUGCUUCACCAGAACGCCAACAUGAGGACAUACAUGCUCUCCAGAACCGACAUGGAAAAUCUGGUGUUGCCCAUCCUCGAGAUCCUUUACCACGUAGAGGAAAGAAAUUCUCAUCAUGUCUACAUGGCCCUCAUUAUUCUUCUCAUUCUUACAGAGGACGAUGCCUUCAAUCGCUCCAUCCAUGAGGUGGUAUUGAAGAACAUCUCAUGGUACACAGAGAGGUCGUUGACAGAAAUCUCACUUGGCAGUUUGCUCAUCCUGGUGGUCAUCCGCACCAUCCAGUUUAACAUGACCCGGACAAGGGAUAAAUACCUCCACACCAACUGUCUGGCUGCACUUGCUAACAUGUCAGCCCAGUUUCGAUGUCUGCACCAGUACGCUGCCCAGCGCAUUAUUAGUUUAUUUGCUUUGCUUUCCAAAAAGCACAACAAGGUUUUGGAGCAGGCAACACAGAGUCUGCGAGGCAGACAGGGAGACAACACAGCCUUGCCCGACUAUGCCCAGGACCUAAAUGUGAUUGAGGAGGUGAUCCGCAUGAUGCUGGAAAUCAUCAACUCUUGCCUGUGCAACUCUCUACACCACAACCCCAAUCUGGUGUAUGCGCUGCUCUACAAGAGGGAGCUCUUCGAGCAGUUCAGGAUGCACCCAUCCUUUCAGGACAUCAUGCAGAACCUGGACACGGUGAUUGGCUUCUUCAGUCAGCGCCUGGAGCAGGCUGGAAGUGACCUGUCAGUUGAGAGGGUUCAGGAGGUCAUCAUGAAAGGAGCCCAGGCCCUGCCCAAAGACAGACUGAAGAAGUUUCCUGAGCUCAAGUUUAAGUAUGUGGAGGAAGACCAGCCUGAGGAUUUCUUCAUCCCCUAUGUCUGGUCCCUGGUAUUUAACUCUGGAGUUGGCCUCCACUGGAGCCCGCAUGGCAUCGAGCUCUUUAGCAUGGACUCUGGCUGAAACACCUGCUGCAGCAGACUGCGUGUGUCUCCAUCCCCGUUCAGUAUAGAAAAAAAAGACUGACUCUGGACGUCAUCAGUGCUUUCAACAAUGCUUUUGUACCUCUGUACAGCAAACAACACAAAAGAAAAAUCAGCCCAAAGCCCCAACUGUCGCACACUGUUAAUAUCUGCAUCACAGAAU